UAACCAUCACUGUUGGAGGAAUGCAGCAUUUGCUGGGUCUAUACGACACUGCGGGACAGGAGGACUAUAACCAGCUGAGACCGUUCUCAUACCCAAACACUGAUGUGUUCUUGAUCUGCUUCUCUGUGGUAAAUCCUGCGUCUUACCACAAUGUGCAAGAGGAGUGGGUGCCUGAACUGAAAGCAUGUAUGCCACAUGUGCCUUAUGUACUGAUCGGGACUCAGAUUGACCUAAGAGAUGAUCCCAAAACACUGGCGCGAUUAAUUCAUAUGAAGGAGAAACCUAUCACAUAUGAGCAAGGAGUCAAGUUGGCAAAGGAGAUUGGAGCGCAGUGUUAUUUGGAAUGCUCGGCGCUCACACAAAAAGGCUUAAAAGCCGUGUUCGACGAAGCAAUCUUGACCGUUUUCAACCCCAAGAAGCGGAAAAGAGGCUGUCCCAAGUGUCGUGUGUGCUGUGCAAUUAUAUGAGGCCAAUCGAGAGGACAAAGGAGGACUGUUGCAAAAAAAAGAUGAAUUCCGAUUGACUUACGAGAGAGAGAGAGAGAGAGAAGCUGACUGUGAAAUUUUAAGCUGCUUCUUACUGGACAUUUUUGGCAAGGAAAAAUUGUUCCGUCAAUUUAAUGAAGAGACGGCGAAUGGGUCCACAAUAAGGAGUCAGCUGCAGCAGUGGACUUAACUUUAAACUAUCCAACCUCACGAAAAGAAAGUCAUCAUAGUUUACUGCUAACUACUACUCUUUGUGUUUCAAAUUGCCUCACCUGCAUCUUUUGCCAUGCCUUGCUGAAAAGCACUGAGCCAAUGUUAAGGUGGUCUUAUCAUUACUGGCACCGGUGUGGUUAGAGGACGUCAGAGGAGGUGGAGAGGAACAGGUAAAGGUGCCAGACAGAACAGGCUUGAAGCACUGCAGUGGAGCUUUUCGUUCAGCUUUUUCGUGGCCUUAUAUACAGCUAAAUACGAGCAUCAAUAUUACCAGUUUGAAAAGCUCAGUGGCAUCCGUUCGAGCAGUGCUUCCCUUCCUAUGGUUAGAUGUCUGACUACUCAUUUCAUGUGAGAAUUGUCGUCGUGUAAGUCAAUUUCAGUGCGAGCAGUUCUUUCAGAAGCACAGUUGUAGCCACCGCACAGUAAAACUGUUCCAAAGAGCAACGUGGAAGAAAAACACACCAGCACUACAUUUCUGUUUGAAGGUCAGGCUUCGAAACAGGAUGGUGAAUGUCCUUGCUUUCAUACCUCCGUAGCAAGCUAACAACCAGCUUUCAUGCUCUGUGUAGCUGAGAAGCAAUGAAAGUUAAUGCCCGUUGAUAGCUUGCAUAUCACUUGUGAACCAUUCAGCUUAUAGGCAAGUGUUAAGCAGCCUGAGGUGACGGGCAGCUUUUUAUGUAGAUAUUAAUUUUUUAAAGCAACUAAUAUAAGCUCCUUAUAUUUGACAUAAGCAGGAAAAUAACAAGUCUUAGGGACUUUUAUUUUUUUAAAUCAUAAAUCACUGUACAUGACUAUAGCCUGACCUGCACAGAAGGUGGAUUCAGGGGCAAAUACUGGACCCAUAGUCUGUAAAAUCACUACACCAAAGUUUAUGUAGAAUCACAUAGAAUUAUACAGCACAGAAGGAGGCCAUUCGGCCCUUUGUG